UUCUUUAAAUAUUCUAGGCUUCUGUUUAUGAUCAGUUUGGCAUUACAGAUCAUCCACGUGGGAAACAGCUAUCAAAGAGAGAAAUAUAAAGGUAGUAGAGAAGGAAUCAACAGUGCUACAGCUCAGAAGCUCCAGCAGAAAACACUCGACUGGACCUUGAAUAAUUUUAGGGAGGAGAACGACAGCGCAGAGGGCUGGAGGCCGCAGGGUUCAUUGCCCUACUCGCGGACUUUCCGAGAGCGUGCGCCCCCGCGGCCGCGCUGCUGCCGGAACGGCGGCACCUGCGUACUGGGCAGCUUCUGCGUGUGCCCCGCUCACUUCACCGGCCGCUACUGCGAGCACGACCAGAGGCACAGCGAAUGCGGCGCGCUGGGGCACGGAGCCUGGACCUUUCGCGGCUGCCGCCUCUGCAGGUGUGUCUUUGCGGCCCUGCACUGCCUCCCGCUACAGACACCCGGCCGCUGUGACCUGAAAGACUUUCUCGCCUCACACUCUAAUGGACCAAGAACGCAGCUCACGGGGAAUGUUCUCCUCCUCCUGCCCUGCUUCCUCCUGAAAUCCGUGCUCAGCGAAGGGGGAGGCCGCUGACGGGACCGCAGUUCCACCCGGCGGAACCCGAGCCGCGCCUGGCCUCCCAGCGUGGCCGAGCGAGGCGGCGCUGCGUGGGGAAGCCGGG